CAGUAUAAAACACACACUCAAACACACCACACCACACCAGUCACGUCAAACACACAGAGGGCGAGGAGCUCGGAGUCAGACAGACGGGCGCACCAGCUCAUCAUCAGUUACUCACUGUACCUCAUUCAGGACUUCACACAAGCGGUUAAAUAGGGGCUGUCCUUUCCCUAUUUGCGCACUUAUUUGGUCAGGGAAUUUAAGAGGUGAGUUGUGGCCAGUGUUGAAUGCCUUGUAGUCUGACAUGCUGUAGCCUCAACUGCUGUCAAGUCAGCUCUCCUUUUUUCCCUCAAUUUUCUACUGAUUAGAAAUGGACUUCAUCCUGCCACACACUCUGCCAGCUGGUGGUAUCCCGUGGGAGAAGGUUUUACCACCUCUUCUUCCUCGUCUGAAUGGGACUUAUGGACAAUAUAAGUGGUCCCCGAGGUUACUAAUUCCUGAGACUGAUAAUACCAGCUCUACAGAGGUGAACUGUGAUGACAGUGGUUUUACAGUUCAAGUUGAUGUGAAGGACUUCAACCCAGAGGACCUAAUGGUCAAAGUCAUAGGAGACUUUGUAGAAGUGCAAGGAAAGCAUGAAGAGAAAAAGAAGGAUGGUCCAGGGUAUACAACACGGCAGUUUAACCGCCGCUACCGAAUCCCAAAGGGAGUGCACACCAUGGCUUUGGAGUCAGCGGUUUCUCCAGACGGCAUCCUUAUCAUAUCUGCACCAAUGCUGCAAACUGAGAACUCCAGAAUCCUGACCUAAUCACAUUAAUACCAAACAGUCAAAUCUCUGCUAUCUUCACCAUGUAUGAAAACAGAUGUAACAGAAGCCUUUAUGAACACAGAGGCACAAACAGAAAUUCACGUUCCUCCAGUCACAGCAACACUCAGCAUGUGCCAAAACACACAUUUGAUUCUGUUCCUGGCACUGUUCUAAUAUUCCCUGUUCUCUGAGGUUUGUAUAUACUGCUCUGCUAUUACUCAUCAAUCUUACAUAAUGUUUGAAGGAACCAGUCUUUGUAAAUAUUCUGCGUUCACAGUUUUUUUUUGUGUGCAACUUUUGUAAAAUGCACUGUAUUGUGAUUGUGAUUAAUGAUGCACACAGACAUAUCUCCAAACUCUUUACUGUGGACAUAUU